UCAUCGAGUCAACAUGGCGGCGCAACAAGGAGAUGUUGAUGAGCUCUUAGAUGUGAAAAAUGCUUAUUAUAUUGGCAAUUAACAACAAUGUAUAAAUUAAGCCCAGAAAGUUAAGAGGAAGUAUGCUGUGGUGAUGGGUGACAUCAAGGCCAGUUCCUCGCCAGAGCUCCAGGCUGUCAAGGUGUUUGCUGAGUAUUGCUCCAACGAGGCCAAAAGGGAUGCCGUUGUGGCUGAAUUUGAGAUGACUACCAUGAGUAGUUACUACCAUGAGAUGAACUCUGACGCUGCCCUGCGGUCCCUGCACCAGAGAGAAUGUCUGGAAUGCACGGCAAUGACCAUUCAGGUGCUGCUGAGUUCAGAACAUGUUGAUUUGGCAAGGAAAGAGCUGAAGAAAAUGCAGGAGGCCACACUGACCCAACUAUCCACGGCUUGGGUCAACAUUGCUGUUGGAGGAGAGAAGCUGCAGGAUGCUUACUACAUCUUACAGGAGAUGUCGGAUAAGUACUCCCCAACUCUGCUUCUGCUUAGUGGCCAGGCUGCCUGUCAUAUGGCCCACAACAAGUGGGAGGAAGCAGAAGGGGUUCUCCAGGAGGCACUAGACAAGGACAGCAGCCACCCUGAGACUCUGAUCAACCUGAUUGUGCUGACCCAGCACUUAGGCAAAGCUCCUGAGGGAACCAAUCGGUCUCUCUCUCAACUGAAAGAUGCCCAUAGAGCUCACCGCUUUCUUAAAGAUUACCUGGCCAAGGAGAAUGAAUUUGACAGACUGGCGACGCAGUAUGCUCCCACUGCGAAUGUUUGACACAAUGAAGGCAUUUGUUUGGACCACAAAAAAUUAUGAAUACUGGACUCUAAAUUGUAUGGAUUAAAAUUGACAUGCACAUUUAGACAUUUUUAUAUAUUAAAAAAAAACUUUUCUUUUGCAGAACUUUAUCAUAAUAAUAUUACAUUUUAUGUAGUGGACACAGAUUUUAUUUAUACUCCGAAGUAGUUGUAGUACAUGAAAUGUCCCUUUUGAUAAUGUCUCUGUUUGUAACAUUUCCAUUUCUCUAAAUUGAUAAAUUGCCUCCAGGGUAACUGUUUUCUAUAAACAUUCCUCUGAAUUGACAAUACAUGUUUUAUGACCUU